AUGAGCACGAAGUCAGAUAAAGAUACUUUAAUUGAAAUGGGUUUUCCACCUGAUAAAGUGGCACGAGCCUUUCAGGCAACCAAGGGAGCAGGUCUGCAACCUGCAAUGGAUUGGAUACUUUCUCACCCUGGAGACCUUGACGAACCGGCAGGUGGACAAUCUUUAGGUGGACAACCUAGUGGAGAAGCAUCAGGAAGUGAAGCGACAGCUUCGUCUUCCGGAAAUAGAGAUCCGAAUUUAGAUGGGGAAAUUCAAGAUGGAGAACAAACAGCACAAUCAUUAAUAUGUAAUGAUUGUCAAAAAAUGUUUCGCGAUGGAGCUGCUGCGGAACGUCACGCAUCCAGAUCAGGACACGUAAAUUUUUCCGAAUCAACCACCCCUAUCAAGCCACUUACAGAGGAAGAGAAGGUGGCUAAACGAGAAGAGCUGAAAAGAAUUUUGGCCGAAAAAAAGGAAUCGCGACUUCUUCAAGAAAAGGAGGAAGAGAAACUUCGGGAAAAGAAGGAGAAGGAAGAAGAAAGGCUUGCAAAGGCUAAAAUAAAAGCACAGAUUGAAGCCGAUAAAAAGGAACGUGCGAAAAAACGUGAAGCUGCUAAACAGGCGGUCCUCGAGGAACAACAAAAAGAAACUGCUGCAUCCUCUGUCGCCCCAAAAGAAUAUACCGAAACACGAUUACAGAUUCGACAACCUUCAGGUGCUCCUAUUACUCACACUUUUCAAGCCACAGAUACUUUGGAAGUUGUAUAUGAAUUUGUUGGGCAGCAAGUUCCCGGAUCAUUUAAAUUGAUGACAACUUUUCCAAGAAAAAUUCUUGAUGGUGCUGAACGGAGUAAAACUUUAAAGGAAUUGAGUCUCGUUCCAUCAGCAGUCUUGGUAGUCUCAACAUAA